UUUCAGGGUCGCAGGGGGGGGUCGUCGUCUUUUUUCCUCCGGCUUUCGCGUUUUAAUUUUUCCCUUUUCUCUAUUGAAGCCCCUCCCUGCAAGGAAGUGGGCGCUUUCUUUCUUCCUUCCUUUCUUUCUUUCUCUCUCACUCGCGUCGCCUUUUUUUUUAUUUUUAUUUUUUCUCUCUCUCUCCCUCCUGUUUGUCUUCAAAGCUUCCAGCCGGGGUGGCCGAGGUCAUUCGAAUGGACCACCAACCGACUCCCAGGAGUUGCAGUCAGGGACCCCCAGCCUGCGAGCCGGUCCAGAGCGAGCCCUCUAUGAAAGUCCUCAUCCACACGACCACCGGGGCCCGCUAUGAGCUCGCUCUGCCCGUGGAGGAGACGGUGGAGGGUCUGAAGCGGCGGCUCUCCCAAAAACUCAAAGUCCCCAAGGAACGGCUGGCUCUGUUGCAUAAAGAAAGUCGCCUUAGUUCUGGCAAACUGCAAGAUCUCGGGGUCAGCGAAGGCAGUAAAUUGACCUUAGUUCCUACGGUCGAAGCUGGCUUGAUGUCUCAAGCGUCCAGACCAGAACAGUCUGUGAUGCAGGCAUUGGAAAGUUUAACAGAAACUCAGGUAAACGACUUUCUCUCUGGGAGGUCGCCGUUAACGCUCGCCCUCCGCGUCGGGGACCACAUGAUGUUCGUUCAGCUGCAGCUGGCCGCCCAGCAGAGCGGCGCUCAGCUCCAGCAUCGCCACGUGGUCACCAGCCGUGGAGACCACGCCGGAGGGGCUACAGGAACCACGCCACUGCCGGCCACCGGGAGCUGCCGACCCCUCCACGGGGGUGGCGGAGCUGGGAGCCCUCCAUCCGGUUUUGCCCGGGGCCCCACAGCGCCCACUUGUCCACCGAGUCCCACCGCCUCUUCCUCGCCUGCUUCAGCCACGUCGACGUAUUGUAGCACUGCAGCCACACACCCCACGCCUGUCACGGCAGGCAUGUUCCGGUCGCAUGGGGCCAGCACGCCAGCCAGUGGGAGCGGGACCUCGCCGUGCUCAGAGGUGGACUGCACCACACGGAGUAACAGCUCGGCUACCCCAACCCAACCUUCCCGGAGUCGUAAACCUGGUGCUGUGAUCGAAAGCUUUGUCAACCAUGCCCCUGGCGUCUUCUCCGGAACGUUCUCCGGCACUUUGCACCCGAACUGCCAGGACAGCAGCGGCCGGCCGCGGAGAGAUAUCGGCACCAUCCUCCAGAUUCUCAAUGACCUCCUGAGCGCCACGCGGCACUACCAGGGCAUGCCCCAGUCGUUGAACCAGCUGCGAUGCCAGACGCAGUGUUCGUUGUCUCCGUCGCCGCCGUCCUCCCCGGAUCUCUCCCACAGCGCUACCUCAGAGAAAACAGCCACUCCGGCUAGCCAGCCCUUUUAUUUGGCAGCUCAGUAUCCUGGCCAAGCGGCCGCCUGCAAACCGUCUGGCGACCGCGUGCGCCAGACGGAAAACCGCGCCACCCGUUGCAAGGUCGAGCGCCUGCAGCUCCUCAUGCAGCAGAAGCGGCUGCGCCGGAAAGCCCGCCGGGACGCCCGAGCCCCCUACCACUGGCUGCCCAACCGGAAAGCCAGCCGGGCCAACAGCAACAGUAGCAUUUCGAGCGAGGGAAGCCUCGAUUUAGACUUCGAAGACUCGGUGUGGAAGCCCGACGUGAAGGCGGACCUGAAAUCGGAAUUUGUUGUAGCAUAAAAAAAAAAAUUUGAUCAUGAGCCUCGAAUGGGGACAGAGAUGGAGGAAUUUCGAGGGAGGCUGCGUCGGGGGAAAAAAAACCAAGAGACUGUUUAGUAAUAAUUAACAUUACUCUUUUUUGUUGUUGUUGAUUUGGAUGGACGAGAGCGAUGUGGGUUUUUUCCCCUGCCUUUGGGUGCUUGGUUCUCAAAGACUCGAUCGCUGUGGAUUUUCUUGGUUCGGACCUUCUUUUUUUUAAUUUUUUAAUUUUUGCCCCCCCCCCUUCAGAGGUCUUGAGGGGGGAUGAGAUGUCCCGCCUUUGGAACAGUAUUUUCUAUGAUUUCCCCAAAACCCCUUGCUCUGCUUUUUAUUUUAAAGAACUGAAAACCAUUUCGGGGCCUACGGAGGGAGAUGGAAAAACAGUUUCUUCCAGGGAUGAGAGAGCGAAAAGGGGAGGGGAGCUCCCUCCCUGGCAAACUCUUCUUCUUUUCUGGGAAAAAGGGGGGGAGGGAAAAAACGGUGAUUUUUGGAGGGGGGAUGCUUUGCUAUUGAAGAAGGAAACACGGCUGCCUUAGCACGACACGUGAUCGAGAAGUUCGUUCAGACGAUGGCAAAGCAAUGGACUUUUCAGCUGCGUGGACCUCGGAAGGAUGAGGAUUUGACCCUGAUUUCAUUUUGGUGGGGUUUAAUUUUUUUGUUUUUUUUUUUCCCUCCCCAGGGACGGGAGGAGGGAAAUUAGGGAUUAUUCUGGGCUGGUGUUUUUUUCGGGGGGAGGCGGGCGGGCGGGAUUUUGGAAUUUGGACAUUUGCUUUCUUCCCUGUGAAACUGACACGGAGGUUUGCUUUCCUCCCUAAAAGUGGGAGGCGGUGCGUGACUCGUUAGGAAUGUUAUUCUGGUUCUUCUAAUUUUAUUCAUUUAAAAAAUAUAUAUGUUAUUUGGGUGACUUCUGCAUCACAGGGAGCCCUCUGCAUUCUUCAGGCUGAAUGAGGGAGGCCCAGAUCCCGGGGGGGGGGGGGGCAGGCAGUGAGAAGGUUCCCCAGCAUUUGACAUGAGUGUUCCUGUGUGUCUGUUUGACUCCCUGUUCCUUGUUUGUCCUUUUCUCAAUUUUUUUUAAUGUAGCAUUUCCCAGUCUGGAGCUGUCUGAUCUAACCACCCCCCUUCCCUUCUCGUCCUCCAUCCUGCGUCUUUUUCUUGUCCCGAGGACCGCAUGCACUUUAUAAGAGGUGUAAAUCGUGGAGUGACGUCAGUUCACGAGAAUGUGUGGGAUCUCCCUUCCCUUCCGCCCGAGCCUACCUCGAAGGGGUGGCGGGCUGGAAAGUGUUCAGAGGAAGGAUGUCCGUACGAUCUUCCACUUCUGCCUUUUUCUUGUCCUGUUUUGCAUUGUACAUUCCCGGCGCAACUUACUGGUGUUAUCUAUAUAUAUUAUUUCCCCGAUGGGGUGCAUUAAAACCGCUAGAGAGGGGUUUUUUGGGGUUUGUUUUUUUUUGGAUCUGCCUCGUUCGAAUCCUUCAACACACACAUCCCUUUCCACCAUCUGGCAACUUCAGCCACCCACCCUCCCAACUCCGGACCCAAAAAUGUACACCCUCUUGUGGAGACCCACCUUGGUUUCUCCUCUCACUCUUCUUUCCGCCCCUCAGUGGCAAACUUUCGGCCCAUUCCUUUACAGAAAAGAAAACCACAAUAUAUAUUAUUUAUAGACUUGAUUAUCUGAGCCAUUAGUUAUAGUAUGUUCCCUCCCUGCAUCAGUUGUAAAAUCUUGGUCCGGCGUGUGGGUGUCUUAGGGAAUCCAUGCUUGUUCGGUUUUUUAGAGAGUCAAGGGGGGAUGUCUGUCUUUUGCAUCUGGCCGAGUCUUUUUUCCACAGGUAAACAGAAAACCGAAACAAGGAGGAAUCCAUAAAUCCAGAUGCUGGUUUGUUUUAAAACUGAGGCAGCCCCUGCUUCAGCGAGGCCCAAUUGAAUUGCUAAUCCUAACAAGAAUAUGUCUGCAGAUUCAGUAGGCGUUUCCUUCCUCGCCAGCUUCUAAAAUGAAGAAAAUUCAUGGAAUGGAUUCUCUGUCCCCAUGGAACUGGAGUCGCUUGCCUUCGUGGGCCAUGGGGGUGCCUGCAUUAGGGUGAGCAGUCAAAACCCAAUCUUAGACAUUGGGGGUGGGCUUUAAUGCAGGAAACGGGGCCCCUGCAAAAAAAAAUACCCUACCAUUCCCAAAUCUACCUUAAAACCUUCUUUCUAAGGAUUUGUUUUGGUUAAGCGUGUUGCAUAUUAGAAGCAUUGCCCUCCUGCUCUAAAAACAAAAGGGUGUGAAUUUCGGGCUGCGGUAGCUUAAAGACGAGAGUGGGAGCAGGGGGAGCCUGACCUUGCAGAUCAGAAUGGACUACACUCCCCAUCAGACCUGAACACAGCCGGACCUGAUGGGGCCUGGAGUCCACAGCAACUUCUGGGGAGCCAGAACCUAUUUUUUUGCCCCUGAGCCUUAAUUUCCUUCCACCGNUUCCCCCCCCCCGAGUGUGUUGUCGACGUAAAGCAUGUGUUGAUGUUCUUUUGGGGAAACCAGGGAUGGCUGAGCCGUCCCCACUCUAAAUAACCCAUUUUAUCUGUUGCCUCGUUAUGCCUCCCCUCCCGCUUUCAGUGUUUCUUCCUCAGUUUGUGUGUGUGUGUGUGGGGGGUCUUGCUCGGUUGCCAUUGGUUCUUAUCUUUCAGUAAAUCAAUAGUUGAGAGUCGGCGGGGUGGGAAUUUUCCCAAUUUGCUCGCUGCUGGAUUAGGCCUUAAUCCAGAGGUUUUUAACACUACUUGUUAUCCGUUGUGUGCUUUUUAAAUAAAUAAAUAAAUAAAGGAAAGAGAGAGAAAAAAUGCCAAGGGGUGUGUGGAUAAAAAGGAGAAUAAAUUUCUAAAGCAAGUGCCUCACUUUUGAAAUUAUUAUUUCAAUUUUUUGUUUUAUUUUGCACAUCUGAUUCAGUAUUUAUUUCCUCCUUUGCCUGGAUCUCGCUUACGCCCCCUUUCUCACCCUCCAAUUUCUCUAUUGCCGGAAACUAGAAACUUUUUUUUUUAUUUUUCAGUUUUUUUAAAACUACAAAUCCCAAAAUCCUCAAAUCCAUCUUUGCUGUCUGGGGGAAAAUGAUGGGUGGUGUAGUCCUGGAAAGGUACAUCUCCACUCCUGGUCUUUUCCCAUGUGACAGCCGGGUUUUCCCUGAGCUCCUUUUAAAGAGGCCUUGUGAGCUCCGCCCAUCACUUCCUGGGAGCCCAACCAAUAGAAGAUGAUCGAGUGAAAACAGGAAGUGCCAGGAACAAACUCUAUGAUCCUGGAGGACCUCAGCAAAGUUUUUAAAAAUUUCACUUGUUCAGAUAUUAAGAAAUCAGGAGCCAACAGGAAGAAUUUUUUCCAUUCAUCCCGAAUUUACCUCGUCUCUUUUGUCCUAAGAAAUCUGCAUGGAUUUGAAUAAAAUUAUAACGAAUUUCAAAAUUUCCACAAUGAAAAUGUUGCAUGGUUAAGAAAGUUCAUGAUCAAACAUUCUGUUGGCAAUGUAUCUGUUCUGCUUAACAUAAUAUGCUUUCUUUUUAGAAAUAAUACAAAUACAAUCAUGAAGGGCAGGAGGGGGGAAGAGACGUGAUUUAAAAACAUACGGAUGGGAUUUGAAUUUUGCAAAAAUGCAGAUUAAUCUGUGUUUGAAAUGGGGCUGUUGGAGAAGACACUCUGAAUAAGAAUAUGAAUUUGACUUGUUCCUUGCUUUUCUUGCUCUUAUCUUUCUGUGGACCAAGUUAAAUUUACAAUUUUUUUAAAUCUGAAAAUUGGACUCUCUAAAUAACUCUCAUAUUCCAGAAGGCCCUUUAAACCCUCAAAACAGGUUGACUCCACACUGUUUUCAUCCGAACUUUAAAGUUCAGACCAAAACCAGAUUCCCUGCACUUCCCUUCAACAUUGAAAUCAUUCGCUCCCAUUAAUCUUUACUUCUCUAUAUUUACUUCUCCGACACUCUGUCAUUCAAGGACUUUUAACAACAACAAAAAUCUAUUUGGGUCUUGUCUGUCUUUUUCUCUCUGUGGUUUGCCUUGAGACUAGUUUUCUUGCCAACUAGAGGGUGACAGGAAAACUGCUCCCCUUCUGGUCCAAAAGUGUCUUUACACUUCCUGUUUUUGGUUUUUUCCCCCUCCUAGAUGUGAAAUUCCUUUGUAUGUGAUGUUGUGUAGAAGGUUUUUAAUUUUUUAAAUGUCUUUUUUUAUUAAAUAUUUAAAUGUACUCUUUUUAAUGGUGUGUGUCUAUUGAAUAUUCCUCCACCCAACCUUCUCGAUUUGAUGGCUUUGACCUUUCCCCUCCUUUAUCUUUUGUUUGUUUGUUUGUUCGCUUGUUGUUGUGUGUGUGUUUUUUUAAGUCGGUAUAACAGCAAAGAGGAGAGUCAAAAGCAUUACAAAAGCAAGGGGAAAUGGACCUGUCUGUGUGAAUCAAGUGUAUGGAAGGAGCAGUGAAAAGGGGUUUUUCUGGGGGGGAAAUGAGUAGACCUGUUUUAUCACCUCAUUUAAGUUACCUGUAUUAAAAAAAAAGAAACUUUUAAACAUGGUUUUAAAAUAAUAAACACAAAAUAAAGAAUGCUUGAGCCACA